AUGCGGUACAUUCACUCCGAGGAAACGCUGCCGAUUCCCGACAAUGUGAAGGUUCACAUUCGUUCGAGAAUCGUGACCGUUGAGGGUCCCCGAGGCAAGCUCACCAAGGAUCUCUCUCACAUUGCCGUCACCUUCGGCCGCCCCAAGAAGGACCUUAUCUCCAUUGAGAUGCACCACGGCUCUCGCAAGGGUGUCGCUACCCUCCGUACCGUCCGCACCAUCAUCAACAACCUCAUCAUCGGUGUCACCAGGGGCUUCAAGUACAAGAUGCGUUACGUCUACGCUCACUUUCCCAUUAACGUGAACAUUGAGAAGAACGCCGAGACUGGCCAGUUCGAAGUCGAGAUCCGUAACUUCUUGGGUGAGAAGUACGUCCGCCGCGUGGUCUGCCAGCCCGGUGUCGAUAUCCAGGCCUCCCCCAACGUCAAGGAUGAGCUCCAGCUCUCCGGUAACUCCCUGGAGGCUGUUUCCCAGAGUGCCGCCGACAUCCAGCAGAUCUGCAGAGUCCGCAACAAGGAUAUCCGAAAGUUCCUUGACGGUCUGUACGUGUCUGAGAAGGGUAACAUCGUUGAGGAAUAG